UGUAGAGAAUAAUCCGGUUCCGCUGCCUAAUCUGAGUCUGGAUUAGAUCUCCCUGUGUAAACUGUCUCCAGAUCAGGUUCCUGCAGAACGUGACAAGGGUUCCCCGCAGUGUGUGUGUGUGUGUGUGUGUGUGUGUGUGUGUGUGUGUGUGUGUGUGUGUUCAUGGAAGGUGUGUGUGAUGUGGCCAAGCGGGACGUUCUCCUACAGAACCUGAAGUGAGCUGUCCCGGUUCUGCAGCGGAACGUUAGUGAGGUCAUCAGACCGCGCCCCGGGACCCUCGGCGUCUCCUCCUCCUGGAACCGAUCUGCAAGGGUUCUCCUGUUCGCAGAACGCAGAACCCAUGAGAUCCUCCAGGCGUCAGAGGAGAACGUGGCCUGAGUUCCUCUCCAGUCCUGUCAGACAGGGGGCGCUGUUUCAUCAGAGGGAGAACGUCCGGUUCCACUGCUCGGUUCCGGUCUCUUCACUCGGAACCGUUUUCAGAUCCUCUUGUUUUGUCCCGUUCUGUUCUCAUGGUGCUCAGAGAACGUUCUCUGCAGAUCCCCAGUUCCUGUCUGUUGGAACCGGAUGUGAGGAGAACCUCCGGCCUGAGGGUUCUCCCAGGGUUCUGUCUGUUCUGUUUGUCUCGUCUUUAGUUUGGUCGCAGCAGGGUGAUGGUCCGUCCCGUCCGCCUCGCGCUGGCCGCUCUGCUGCUCGCGCUGCUGCCCCCGGCCGCCGCUCAGGGCGCGGCGGGCGCGGCAGGCGCGGCGGUCCUGGAGCUCAGCGGCGGCAGCGCAGACUUCGCCGCGCGGCUGUACCGCGCCGUCGCCGCGCGCACGGACGACAACGUGCUGCUGGCGCCCUUCGCGCUGUCCGCCGGCCUCGCCGCGCUGAUGAGCGGCGCGGACGGAGCGACGCGGCAGCAGCUGCUGCAGGGCCUCGGCCUCGCGCACCUGGACGCCCAGCAGGUCCCAGAUCUGUUCCAGAGCCUGAGGAACCUGGUCACACGGGACGGGGCGGCUCCUCUGCGCCAGGGCGUCGGCGUGUUCCCCUCCCAGAGAUUCCAGGUGUCUUCACCGUAUCUCAACCUGGUUCAAACCAAAUACCAUGGGAACACCGGGAGCCAAACCUACACCAGCCCGCAGGAGGCGCAGGACGUCAUCAACCGCUGGGGCAUGGAGCAGACUGGAAACCGGGUCCAAGACCUGGUGGGUCCACUGGACCCCCAGACCCAGCUGCUGCUCGUCACCGCCGCCUUCUACCAGAGUCAGUUGUCCUUCAACGCCAGCUUCACGCAGGACGAGCGUUUCUACGUGGACAGGUACCACAUCGUCCAGGUGCCCAUGAUGUUCCAGUCUGGUAAGUUCUUCCUGGCGUACGACCCGUCACUCAAACUGGGAGUGUUGAAGCUGCCCAUGUCGGACGGCACCGCCAUGUUGGUGCUGCUGCCUGACGAGAACGUGGACAUCACCUCGGUGGAGGAGGAGCUCACGGCCGAGCGCGUGCGAGCCUGGAUCGCUCAGCUGAAGAAGACGAAGCUGGAGGUGCAGCUGCCACGGUUUCUGCUGGAGAAGUCCUACUCGCUGCGGGACGUCCUGCAGCGUCUGGACAUGUCUGAGGUUUUCCAGGACGGAGCCGACCUGAGCAACAUCGCAGGAGAUAAGAGCCUGAAACUGAGCGAGGUGUUCCAGAAAACAGUAGUUAGCGUGGACGAGAGCGGCAGCGCAGACGGAGGCGGAGUCAGCGUCUUCUCCAGCCUUCCUCCUCGACUCACCAUAAACAGGCCCUUCCUCUUCCUCAUCUACCAGGAGGGGAGCGGCAGCUUCCUGUACAUGGGCCGUGUGGUCAACCCCACCCAGUAGAAAUCCCGCCUCCUCCACACUAUUUAACCAACCAAUCGCCUCUGUGUACCUGAAACCACUAACCACACACAGUCUGAUGGGCGGGACAGAGAAUUUACUGAACCAAUCAGGUGAUGGACUGUAAUCAUCAUAAAAAUACACAGUACUUCUGUUAGACAGGUUCUGAAAAUGUAAAACAAAUACUUGUGCAAAGCAUGUUAUCAUACAGUAAAUAAAAUAAGCCAUUAAAUACAAAUAAACUACA